AUGGAGCUUCCGCCUCUCCCGCAGGCGCCGAGUGCUUCGGGCGGCAGCUUCUCCCCAGCCUCCAGGUCGGCAGGCGUCAUGUCCAUCUUAAAUCCUACCGAGCCCGACGACACUCCUCAAGGCCGCAGACGCAAGGCCUCGCAGAUGGAUCCGCUGCAUCCGUCCAUGUCGGUUCUACCGCCGUUGGCAACUGGCAACCAGCCACCGUACUCGACCAGCCGCACUUCCACGCCUUCCUCGAUGGGCAUGGCUGGUUCCACCGGCUCAUUGGGCGAUAGACCUCCCCGGAGAAUCUUGACUCCCCGAUCGCCAUCUUUGCAUAGAGCUGCGAGCCUCAAGCAGCUGCACAAUCCUCCAUCAGGGACGUAUAGUGCUCACAGUGCUCCCUUUGCGGUUUCUCCACGUAGCAGGACUUAUGCCGUCGAGCCUGGAACUUCAGGAGCUCCGCCAUUGCCAACACCACCGGCGGCUCUGAGGCAGAGCUAUGGGUUUCCUGCGCCAGCGCCAGCGCCAUCCGCCCAGCCAACUGGUCGAAGAGCUAGCAGCGGUGCUCCUCCGCGUGGAGUUAGACCGACGUCGGAAAGCACGAGUCCAAGGUCUUCGUACUCUUCUUACAGUCAGGCUGGACAGGCCUCUCCAGCAGCAUAUGCUGCUGGUACAUCUUCGAUGCCAACACUGUCAGCCGCAUAUUCGAGCGCAUCGGACCCCCAGAUCAGCGGUCCCGCGAGUGCACCUGGAUCGGUUGGGCCGGAUCGACAACGGGCGAUGGGGUUUCCACUAUCCUCCUCGGGUGGCCAGAACGUGUACCAGAUGAUGACGUUGGAGACCACUUCGGGCACUGUGCAACUCCCUGUCGAUGUGCAAGCCGCUUCACGCGUGGCGGACGAGAAGAGGCGAAGGAAUGCGGGCGCGAGUGCUCGUUUCCGACAGAGGCGGAAGGAAAAGGAAAAGGAAGCAUCCACGACCAUUUCGAGGCUUGAGCAACAGGUGAAAGAGCUCAGUGAGGACAUGGACUUCUACAAGCGCGAACGUGACUAUUUUGCCGGCGUGUUAUUACAAGUUCCUGGGGGAGAUCGCCACUUUCCACGACCGCAAUCUCCCCGCCAUCGCAGAGCUUCUUCUCUUGGAGCUAUUGCAGGCGCCGGAAAUGCCGGGUACAUUCCCAUACAAGAACAAGCAGCACGCAGUCCUGAGGACGGUCGGAAUGUCCGGCGGAGGACGUCGACUUUGUCGUUACCACCACCACCUCCACAGGUUCAGGGGCAGCUACCUGGUCCGCCAGCAUAUCCAUCCACCUAUGGAUCUCAGAACUACAUGCAGCCGCUUGCUCCGCAGCCUCCACAUCCGUCAUUGCAUCAAGGGGGGCCGCUCCCAUCGCCUUUGACCAGAAGCCAUCUGUCUGGCCCACCACCACCACCGGCGCCUCCUCAGCUCAUGCAAGCUCCCCCUCAGACCGGUCCGUGGAAUCCUUACGCUGAGCGCAAACCACCCGAAAGCUCGAAUCGGGGCAGAGACGGUCGGUGA